AAGAUCACCCCAACAAAGAAAAAUAAAAAUCAAAAUUGCUGGAAGGUUUGGGCAGCAAGUUUAGUUAUUAUUGACUGAAAAAUGAAAAUUGACCAUACAACUGGACUAUAAAUAAGUUGAUAGGGGAGCUGAAAAAGAGAAGCAACACAAGUCCAGAAGGUGUUAAGAGAAAAAUGGAAUCAACAAAAGAAAGACAAGAUAAUGCAAUGGAGAGAAUACCUCUAAAGAAUCCAUCCAAGAUGGGGAAGUUUCAGCUUUCUCACAGAGUUGUAUUGGCACAGUUAGGAAGGUUAAGAUCUUACGGUUACCUUCCGAAACUACAUGCCGUCUUGUACUACUCUCAGAGAACCACAUAUGGUGAAUUUCUCACUUCAAAAGCCACUGCAAUAUCUGAAACUUCUCUCGGGUAUAUUUUUAGCCUUUAUUUUAGAACGCCUAGAAUUUGGACCAAGGAACAAGUGGAAGCAUGGAAACCAAUUGUGAACGAUGUCCAUGAAAAGGGCGGAAUAUUUACUGUCAGAUAUGGCAUGUGGGAAGAGUUUUGUCUAAUCUUAUCUUAUACUAUAAUAAAGAAAAACCCGACAUUUCGAACAUCAACAGUUUUUGGUCGUCCGAAAACAAUAUGACCAUGAUACCCCUUCGUGUUUUCAACUUUACAAAGCGAACGAACGAAAAUUUCAAUCAUCUUACUUUCUGUCUCUGUCCUAGUUCACUCCU